AUGGAACAUCAGUCUCUAGUUUUGAUCUUUUGUGGCAAGUUCGUCUGUCUACCUGCAUCAGGCAAAACGACACUGGCACACAAUCUUCGUGACCACAUCACAAGCACCACCAAUAGAAAAGUGAAAUUGAUUUCAUAUGAUGACGUGAUUCCUGAAUGGAGGUCUCCGAACGGAGGUGAUAGAGCUGAAGACUUCAAGAUUUCCAGGUCGAAAGCUCUACAAGUUGUCCAGGAUGUUUUGAAGUCAGUAUCAGACCAGUCAGUUGUGAUGGUCGACGACAACAACUACUACAUCAGCAUGCGAUACGAAAUCUAUCAGAUUGCUCGUAACUAUGGUAUCCCGUAUGUUAUCAUUCACGCAGAUUGCUCAAAAGAAGAGUGUUUGUCACGAAACUCCAAACGAGCAGUGAAUGAUCGUGUGCCUGAUCUCAUCAUUGAGACCAUGUCGGCCAAGUUUCAGAAACCAAACUUGAUGUCAAACAGUUGGGAGCAAUUCACUGUUAUUGCUGAUGCUGCAACAUCAUUGGAUCUUGCAGCUCUAUGGAGGCAAAUUGAUGAUUCUGGGAGCUCUUCUCUCGUUUGGUUGCAGAUCAAAGAAGAACGGGAGCUCCCGUCCAAGGAAAUACAUUCUAUAUCUCUAAAGGAACGUCUAAACCUCGAAUUAAGUAAAGCUGUAAAUGUAAUCAUGAAGAGUCUAGCUGGAAAACGUACACCACAGGAACUCGCAAUAAUGGCCAAAACGAUAUCGGAAGCUAAACGGAAUACCUUCCGAAACGCCAUUAUCGAUAAUGAAGAUCAGAUUGCUGAUAUAGUGUCUUCUUUUGUCGAGUCUGUCGCCUUUAUAACGAGCUGGCUCGAAACACCUACAGACAAUUCCUGGCAGGUUAAUAGUAGGCUAGGACGAAACUUGUCUGGUGUGCAUUAUGCUCAGCAGAUACCGCACAUAGCAAAUUCAACAGGAAACGAUACCAGUUCUUGGGUAGGACCUCAAGUGUUCAAGACUCAAUGCAGCAACCUACUGUUCUUGACGCUAUAUCCAGUGCAAGGGUUGGAUAAGAUUGUGGAUAGCGAGCUACAGUUUCUAGCAAACCAAAUGUAUGCCUACAACCAAGCUGGCAUUAAGGUGCUAAUAAGGUUUGCACCAGAGAUGAAUGGGAAUUGGUUUAUUUGGGGGCAGCAGCCGGCUGCAUACAAGGCUGCAUUCAGAGCUAUCUAUUAUGCAGUCAAUAAUGUCACUUCAGACGUUGCUUUUGUGUGGUCGCCGAACUUGCAAGGAGGUUAUCCGUAUCCAGGAGGCACUUAUCCUCUGCCGACUGCAGGAUCGGCUGAUUUCAAAACUCUCGAUACGAAUAAUGACGGCAACAUUACUGGACUCGAUGACCCUUAUACCCCUUACUAUCCGGGCGAUGACGUUGUUGACUGGGUUGGCAUGUCAAUUUAUUACUUUGGCCAUGUUUGGCCAUGGACGGUCAAUCUGGUACCAUAUCCAGGCCAGUUUAUUGACAAUUUGUUAUAUGGCGGCAAUCCACCACCACUGGCAGCUGGCAUAGGGUCAUACAACUUUUACUCAAUGUUUGUGACGAGUAACAGAUCGAAACCGUUUGCCGUGUCAGAGUUUGGAGCUUCAUUUCAUGAAAAUGGUACAUACCCAGCCGGAUACGUCAGCGUUGCACCAGGCCCUGGAGAGGUCGCAAUAAAACAGAAUUGGUGGAGACAAAGUAUGCUGAAUACGUCGUUUUACGCUCAAUUUCCCAAAGUGAAACUGUUUGGAUUAUUUGAAUUCAGAAAGUUUGAAGAAACAACCUUCCGUGACUUUCAAAUAACAAACACGUCAGCUGGCAACAACGUAACGGCAGCAUUGCUAGCCGACAUGGACCUAAUGCCAUCCGGUAUGAUACUGUAUGCCACACCGACGAGCUAUCCGGCAGUCACUGAUACAGGAACGCUAGCUCUGAAAUGGUAUCCAAGUGCUGCAACCCACACGAUUAACAAUGGCAUCUCCUGGCUGAGUUUGCUACUAAUCAUUGCCAUGAUAUUGUAUAUAUAA